UACAAAUCUCCCGCGGAAUAACGAUCGGAGCUGUGCUGGGUGUACUGAGUGUUAUGGGAGCGGGCGGGUAUGGAGUCACUAUAGAUCCCAUACAUCAUCCGAUAACUGGCGGUAUACUUCGCAGUGAGCAUGGCAUCCCGGACUGUGCAGUAUGUAAACGGCCAUCUUCCAAUGCUCCAGCUAGAGGAGGAGGAUCUGGAGAACAACCCACAGUUUAGUAAGCUUUUGCUGGAACUAUGUCAGAUUUUGGAGCCAAGUGGUGGAAGCUCCACCUUAAGUCGUGAAUUGGAAGAGGUGCAAAGAGGGCUACGGCUGCAGAGGAAGGUGUGGUUGAGAUCAGAAGUCAUUCACCGGCUGAUACAGGAGAUGUUAUUGGAUUUACAGGUCAGGAAGCAGGAAGGCAAGACAACUAAUGAGGAGAACAAGUUUCUGGAUGGGCUACAACAGUGCUUAUUGGUCAAGCAGUGUUCAGGCUUCCUGCCUUCCAAUAAUGAUGCAGAAUCUAUAGCUCUUCUUGGGUUGGAGAAACAAGAUUUGCUAAACCUUCUACCUUCAAACACGGAUAUUCUUUGGAUACGAGAGAGACUACAUAAGCAGCUGGAGGAGGCUCUGCAGAAGAAAUGUUUCACUUUCUUAUCAUUCCAUCAGCCUGAGACAGAUGAAGAGAGUGAAGUCCUUCGGGCUGCAAAAGCUUUUCGUUUGGCCAGUACAUUGGAAGACGAAAAGAGAAGGUUGCAGACUGAGGAGGAGAAGCACCAAGAAAUAGGAGCAUUACUGGAAAGGCAACAGGAAAUGUACCCUCAUGUGCUCUUGCGCUGCCUUUCCCUCCUCAGACAAGCUGCUUCUGAUCUUCGUCUGCAAGCACAAUCAGAAAUUGAUUGCAUGAAUGCCGAAUACUUGGAAGUCAAGAGUAAUGCGCUAUUCUUAAAGCUCCGAAUGGAAGAACUGCAAGUCCUCACUCACACUUACUCCCCUGAGAAAGUUGAUGUUCAUAAGUACAUCAGAUCUAGUUUAGAGACUGCAGUGAAGACGGAGAAGCAUGAACUAGCUGCAUCUAAGCAGAGUCUUUCUUCAUACGAGUUCCUUGGCACAAAGUUUGAGGAGCUAGUCCAGGAAUAUACUUGCCUUAAGGAUAAAAUUAAAGAUAAUCGCUGGGCAAUUCAAGAGCUGAGCAAGACAUUGCCCUGAGCAAAAUGAAGUUGAGUGGGUGGACUGAAAAAUCGACAAGGCUUUCCUUCUGUUAAUAGAGCAUUUCUGAGCUGGCAUUAAAUUAUUUUAUGUGAUGGAAUGUGGAAACUGUUUUAUUAGAAGCUAAAUUGAAAUGUG